AUGCCGAAACCUCAAUAUUCCCAAAAAUUUAGGGAUUCUUGGCUUCAAGAUCCCGAUUUAAAAGAAUGGCUUCAAGCAGUUGAAAGUACCACUGGCCAAGUAGCAAAAUGCAAGUUUUGUGGAACGAUAUUAAGAAGUCACUACGGAGAUUUAAAAACACAUGCUCUUUCGAAAAAGCACCAACAAAAUAGAAAGGUUAUCACCAAACAACCUAAGCUGACAUUCAAAAAGGAGUCUACUGAUAAUAAAAAGAAAGAUGAAGCCAGAGUUGCCUUAUUUACAGCAAUGCAUACAAGUAUACGAACAGUUGAUCAUUUAGGAGAAGUUAUUAACCAUAGCCAUGAAAAAGAAAUAAAUAAAAUGCAGAUGCACCGAACUAAGUGCACGUAUGUAAUAAAAAAUAUUUUAGCAUCUCAUUUUACAGAACUUAUAAAAAACGACAUUAAAGAUCAACCAUACAGUUUAUUAAUAGAUGAAUCCACAGAUAUUGCUGUACAAAAAUAUUUGGGUUUAGUUAUAAUUUAUUACAGCACUACACAUGAAAAAAUAGUUUCAACUUAUUUGGACCUUGCUGAACUCGACGCAUGUAAUGCUGAAGCCCUGCAUCACAACAAAGAAAAUCUUGUUGAUAUAAUGGCUCGGUUCGUAACAAGUACAGAAUUAAUUGCAAAAAUUGACGAUCAAUGGCAGCAAAUUCAUUUACUGAGAUGGAAUGAAACAAAAGAUACAAAAAAUUUUUGGAGCGAAGUCUUGAAAUUCAAAGAUGCACAAGGUGUUGCUCGAUUUCAAGAAUUAGCAACAUUUGCGAUUACACUUUUGGUAUUGCCACAUUCGAAUGCCGAUGUGGAAAGACUUUUUAGUAGCAUGAAUAUUAUAAAAAACAAGCAGCGAAACAGAAUGAAGCUAACUCUUUUGAAAUCAAUUCUAAAAAUACGCUGCGGUAUGCAGUUAAUGGGAAAGUGCUACAACAAUUAUGAAAUUCCUUUAAAUCUUAUAAAACAAAUUGGGACGAAGGAGUCAUAUCAGUCCGAUAAGGAUAACAGUAAGGCUGAAAAUGAAAAUGCAGAUUCAUCUGAAGACGAUUUAUUAAUGUAA